CCCAAACACCGCUUCCUUCCCCCUUUGCUCUACCCCACUCCGUCACUUUUCUACCUCUUGUUCUUCGCGCUCAUCGUCGACAACGACAUGGACCAGCACUCGCCGUCGUCCCAGCCGGCGUCCAGCUCCUCAAUCUCUCCAGGCCAGGACGCCGCCCCGCAGCCCUCCUCUUCCCAGGCAGGCUCUCAACAGGCUGAUCCCAUCAACUUUGCCUUUCUUAAAGGCCCAAAACGCAAACGGCUUGCGAAGGCGUGUGAUGCUUGCCAUAAAAGCAAACGCCGUUGUGACGGCACCGCGCCUUGCAGUAACUGCUACUUUGCAUCGAAAGACUGCACUUAUACCGACGCGUCUGGUCGUCCCGUUCCCGCGCCGCGAUCGACAAGGCCGGACAGGGCACCGGGCUCGAAUCCGCGUCGUCGCUCACUCGACAGCUCCCGUCACCAUCCUCCAGUACAAGAGGGUUCCAGCCGUGUCCAGUCUUACAAUGCUGAGUCCUCCACUUCACAAGCGCCACCCGACGACAGCGACCAAGGCACGUCAGAUAACCGCAAACGAUGCCGCUAUGGCGACGAAGACACUCCCUCUCGAGACCCAUCUCCUGAACCUGCGCCACCGUUCAAUCCUUUAGUUCCUGUCUCUCGACUCGAUCCAUAUAUUGUGAGGGAGCUUGUGAACCUCUUCUUCGCGCACUGCCAUCCACAGCGGAACCUCAUCCACAAGCCCUCCUUCUCUGCGGCCCUCAGCCACUCUCGCACCCCAUGCUAUCUCCUUUACGCUAUCUGCGCUCUAGCUGCGCCCAUGUCAAAGCAACGCGCCGUGAAGACUGUACCUCCACGAAUGGCAGGUGUACCUUAUGGACAACUCGCGAUGGCGCAGAUGUUCGAUCAGCACGGUCGUUUGAUUGUCGAACACAACCUCGUUACGGUACAGGCUCUAAUGAUUAUCCAGUCGCACGAGAUGACGGUGUCAUGGCCUUGGACUGCAUCUACUCGAUAUCAAGACUUGGCCCUGAAGAUCCUCGAGGAAGACCUUAAGGUCCACGAACAAAAUUACCCAAUACUGACACCCGUUCCGACCCCCGAAUUUGUCUUCGCUGCCAUCGACCGAGAAUGCGCCCGUCGUGCAUUCUGGCUGAUUCGAUUCAUGCAUCUGACGGCCUUCACGUUCUACUAUGUCCCAAUACCGCCUAAACCCCUCGACUUGUCGUUGCGAUUGCCGGUAGACGAGACUAGUUUCGAGUUGGGUGUGCAUUCGACUUUAUCAGAAUAUUUGCACGUGCCGGCUCCGAAGACGCAGUAUGCCUCAGAGUUCGGCCAUCUCAUCAGAAUGGCACAGAUUCGUUGGAACGUCGAAUCGACUCUGCGCGAUGUUACCGCUGGUGUAUUAGACCGUGCUGCCGUCGAGGGAAUGGUGAACGAUGCGGAGAAGGCCCUCGCGACAUGGGAUGCCUCGCUACCGGAUCAUCUGCGCUUCAACGAAGAGAGCCUUCAACUGCAGCUGUCGAUGUUCGAUACAAGUUCUAACGCUGGUGCUUGGUGCUAUUUCAUGACCCAUAUCAUACAUACGGCAUGUGUGCUUAUGGUUUACGACGCUAAGUUCCGCACACAAGGCCUUUCGGUUUCUGAGACUCGAAGUUGGGCUCGCGAAAGGAUGCUGUACAUCCUCACUUCUAUUGGAAACCGAGCAAAAAAUAGCUUCCUCGCGAUUGCGGCAUUCUCGCCUCUCUAUAAGUACGAUCUUGCCGACCAUCCAACCAUCCAGUCCUGGAGCAAGGACUUCGAAGCCAUGUGGGGUUCCGAACUCUCUCAGGUUCUGCUCUAUGGUCUCAGGCAAUCGCAGCAGCAGCAGACCGCUUCGUUGGAAUCCUCAGCCUCCGCGUCUUCUUCGCAGCUCCAACAUCAGGCCUUGAACCCGCUUCAACCACAUCGCGGACCGCCACAACCAAUAUCGCUACCACACCCGGCUUCUGUACCUCAGCAAUUCGUUCCUGCGCCUCUUCAGUCGCAUCAUUCUUCACAAUCACAAUCCAAUUCUCAUAAUAUAUUCCAAUCCAAUCCAUAUCCCCAUACUCAAACGCAUGCUCCUUCUUUACAGCUCCAGCAGCAGCAACGCCUUCCUCAUUCCCGGAACACCGCCACCAACUUACUCGGACUGACCGACCUAGCAAUCCACGAUUCCGAUACCCCGCUAGAUAGUGGUUCCGGUGCGAGUGGAAGUUCGGGUUCGACGCCUAUGGGUAUGAUGGGACCGCCGGCUUCCACUUCAUCUUUAGGCCGGUCGUAUGGCAAGAUGAGGAUCACAGAUGAAGCGAUGCCGAUGGGUGGUGGAGGUUUAGGCCCUGGCAUCUCAGGUCGUGGCGGUGGUUCCGGCGGUUUAGCUUCGGCAGGCAACAUCCUCAAUGACAUGGCGGGAAUGGGCCCCGGCGGUAUGAGCGGCGGAAUGGGAAGCAUAGGAGGAGGAGUUCUCGGCGGAGGCGGAAGUGGUGGGGGUGGAGCCGGCGGGAGUAGCUUGCCAAGCUUGAAGGCGUCGGGGUUGUUGGAUUCAUGGGUGCCUCCCAAUGGGAACGGUAGGUCGUCGCCAUCGCAGUCAAGGCUACCGACGCCGCCUUGGAUCGCACUCAUGGCACAAUCCGCAGCGAAUGCUGCUCCUCAUGCUUCGCAGAACGCCACGGUUACAAUAGCCACAUCAAUCGCUGAACUCAGCCCAUCGGAUGCGAUUUCGAAGCUCGGGUCGGCGGGAGGGGGAGGAGAAGGUGGCGGCGGUAUGGGACAUGGGUCGGGGCACGGGCAUGGGUAUGACAUGGGGAUGGAAUCUAGUCAGCAACAGUACGGAAUGAGCAUGAGCGGGAUGGGAAGUAUGGGAAAGGAUGGUCAUGGUGAUCAGGGGCAUGGGCAGGGGAUAUCAGGCGGGAUGAUGAUGACAGACUCGGUUGGUCUUGGAGGCGCCGGCGGAAAGUCGACGAUGCCGGUAGGGUUGCCUUGGCUGGAGCACGAGCGGCCUCGUUAAUCUAUUUUAUACAUCUAUAUCUUUCGGACACGGGAUGUUAAACAGUGUCGUGCUUAUGCCUGAUGGACUUGGGCGGUGUAAUAGAGGUGUGACGGAGGCGCCCGUUUGUCUUUUCGAGCAGUUGAACUCGGGAGCUUCGCUGGACGAAAGAACUUUGGUCCAUGACCAGUUAUCCUUAACUCCGUCCUCUCUCGUUCUAAAAUAACAGUGCUAUGUUUCCAUCGAAGUCUCGUACAUAUUUCUAUACAUCUACGUACCGUAUAAGCGUAAUAACGGGGUUUGUCGGUGAAAGUUUGGUCGGAGGCACUCUACGUGACGGGUUUCUCCAUCGGGUCGUUCUUUCCCACCCGAACAUCUAGAAUAACUAUGUAUUGGAGUUAGAAGGAUGUUCG